UACUUUAUAAAUUGUCGGCAUUUGGCGCAUUGCUUCCAGUAAUUUGUAGGUAGUAUUUUAGUAUAUCUAAUUUAAUUAAGAUAGGCGUGAAAGUAAAAGGUAUCAAUUAUUUAUUUUUAACGUAAUAACAAUAGGUAUUUUAACCUAUUUAAACACAAUGAGUAUGGAAGCAAUUGCAACUCCGCCUUCAGUUUCAUGGGCACAGAGAAAUGCCAUUGUGUUUUUAACUUUUAAUGUGGAAUGUGAAAAGCCAGACAUUAAAAUAGAGAAAAAAUCUAUUUCCUUUAAAGGGAUUUGUACACCUGAACAGAAAUUGUACGAAGUUGAAAUACCGUUAUAUGCAGAAAUAGAUCCAGAAAAGAGUACUCAUGUAAAUAAAGGCAGGCUUAUUGAGGUUGUCUUAGCUAAAGAGCGGCCGGAUGAGACGUACUGGCCUUCUUUAACCAGUGACAAAAAGAAACACCACUGGCUUAGAGUAGAUUUUAACCGGUGGCAGGAUGAAGAUGAGAGUGGUACGGAGCUAGAUGAAAAUUAUGAUAUGUUCUCAAAUAAAAUUGGUGACUUUGGAGACGAAUAUGAGAAUGAUGAUUCGAGCUCUAUCGAAGAAGAAGAUUUACCAGAUGUAGAAUAAAGACCUUAUACAAAAUCAUAGUUAAUGGUAUAACAAUAUAUGUCAAGUGUGAAUCUGUAAUUAAUCAUUGAACACAAUGGCUUUUUAUACAAGAAUUAGAAUUGCUCGCUUUUAUGUUUUGAUAUUCAUGAUAUCUGCAGGAUCUGAUUUAUGUUUUAAAAAUAAUUUUAAGACAUAAGGCUAGCAAUUAUUGUAUAUUAUGUGGAAAAAAUGUUUGGAAAUUUAAUGAAUGAUCAAAUGGAAUUUUAAGUAGGUUAUUACAUUAAAUUAAUCAAUAGUAUUUUUUUAUAAUAAAUAUGGUCAACAUGUUUAAUAGAAGUGCAUAAAAAUACAUUGUUAAUUGAACUUUUCAAAAUAUUCCAUGCAUAGCUUUUAAUGUUUGCUAUAUUUAUUGUGUGACAUAGUUAAUUGUGGCCGUAACUUUCUAACAACACAAUUUUUACAUGCAUGUAUUUAUUUUUAAAAUAUUGCAUUUAAGUGUUAAAACAGUUACUGAGAUGCUUUAUUUUAUAUUGUUUUAAAACUAUUGAAAUUACAUAAGAAAGAAAGACAUUGGCUUACUUUUAACAUAUCUAAAAGAUACCUGAAAUGCAAGUAACUGUAAAAUAGUACAACUCUUUACAUUUUGUUAUAUUUAUCAGUUAAAAUAAAACUAAAAUUUUAUUAUUUUAAUAAUUGUAUCUUGCAUAAAAUUGGAAUUGAUUGUUAACAAAGGUUAUAUUACAUAAAUGUUUAGUACAUUAUAUUGCUUUGUCUUUGCUAUAGUGCAAAUAAAAAAAACUUGAUGAUCAUCAAAAUCCUUACAUUUUAGUUUCUAAAUUUGAACCGCCAUUUUAAAUAUAUAAUACUGUUUAGGAUAAUUUGGCGCCAAAUAUUUUAUUAAUACUUUGUUUUAUUAUUGUUUUUAUUUUUGAGUAAUAAAAUCCUUGAUUUGUAACUAAUACUUUAUGUAUGUUAUAAAAUCAAGAUUUUGUUUUAUUCCAUCAAGUGUUAUAUAUGGCAGGUUUUAAUUGUCCUUUCAACUUAAAUAAAUAAGUAUCUUGA